UGGUGGGUCUCUUUUUCUGGCCCUAGGGCCAGGUAGCUUCCGGCACUUCAUUGAUCCAAGAAUAUGAGUGGGGAGAAGAAAGAGGACUCAUUCAUGAUACUCAAGAUUUAUGAUAAACUGGAGGAGAGAAGGAAUAUGCCAGAAAGCUCUGGUAUUUCUGCUCAGCAUGAACAAAUACAGCACCAACUGGACAGUGAGGAAAUGCCCCAGCUGUUCCCACGUCCCCCAACACAGCAUGGCCCCAUUUAUGAGGAAAUGAGCAAUAUGAGCCAGCAGCAGUAUGACCUCAAGACCCAGGACAUGUCUGGACUCCAGGCCAUGUGCUCCUCAGUGGCAGAACUACAGGACGCAGCUUGCCCAAGCUUCCUACCAGGAGCCACACUUGGCCAGCACAGUGCUUCUUCCUGCCCCAGCAAAGAAGUCUUGUCAUUCCUCAGAACCAUUCCUCCCGUUCCAGAUGAAGUGGUGGUCAGGCGGAAGACCCCACGUGACUUCUGGAAGGUCGGCACACUCCAACAUUGUAAAAGAGUCAGUGCUAUUGCCAUCAGCCGUGCACCCCAUCAUGUGUACACCUGCGGCUCUGGCUACAUCAGGGUGUGGGAUGAGAGUGCUCUGCAUGCCUCAGAUGGGGUCCCUCAGGCCCAGCUGAACUUUCAGGACCCUCACAACCGUGUCCUCACCUGCAAGCUCUUCCCCGACGAGCAGAGUAUGAUCACAGGGGGUGUUGCUCAGACCCUGACUCUCUGGGACCUGGUGCCCAUACCCCAAGUCAGGGCACAGCUGCCCUGUACAGGCUCCACCUGCUACUCCCUGGCCCUCUCCUCCGAUGCCCAUAUCUGCUUGGCCUGUUUCAAAGGAUUUGUGGAGAUUUGGGAUGUGCAGAACCAAAUCUUGAUCAGGAAACACGAAGUCCCCAUCUAUGGGUCCCGCUGUAUUGACAUCGCGGGUCAUAAGUUCUGGACAGGUGGUGAAGACACCAUCCUGUAUUCCUGGGACCUGAGGAGCUACCAGAGGCUGCAGCAAUACAAUUUACAGAAUGAGAUCGUCAACAUUACUCAUGACCCCAGUGAGGAAUGGGUGGUGGUGGGCUUGAAAAUGAGUGACAUUGUAAUCCUACAUGCUCUUCGGGAGGAGAAAUUCAAAGCUAUUACACAAAGAUACGCCCAGCACCAGAGCCUCAAGUUCGCCUCCUGUGCUCCGCCUGUACAGAAUGACAGACAGCCUGAAGACACAAGGGGACAGAAGCAGCACAAAGCCCCAUUACUGGUCCUGUGUGUAGUUGGAGGGUUGCGGCAGAUAAGAGAAUGGCUUGGGUCAUGCCUCUGGUUUUCAUAGGCAGGGAAACUGAGUCAGAGAAAGACUUGCCCUAUCCCUAGUCGAGUUGAGAACAGUGCUGGGAUUAGAAUGCAGGCUCAGUCUCUGGCCUCUAUCUGUUCUUUCCUUUGCAGGGACCUAUUUUGUGGCCACACAGGACGAGUUAGUCCAUUGCAUAG